UUUCAACCUUAAGUCUUAUUACUAAAUUUGAAAUUAAACUGCAACGUAUCGACUUUUAUCCUUUUCCAGCGAUUUGUUAGGUGUUAGUUAAUAAUAUUAACAUACAAAGGCGAAUGACCACUGAAAUCACUAAUCAAUCUACUUAAAAGUCAGCUAAUGAGCUAGAAAGUAAUUUAAGUUUAAUUUCAGUAUAAAAGCAACCGCGACUAUGUUAAUAGGCAUUUCGAAAUUUCUCUGUUGAUUUUAUGAUAAAUAAAUUAGGUAAAUAAAAGCAGAUUAUACUUUAUUUUAAGAAUGGAUUAUGUAAAAUUAAAAACUGCAUAUGAAGAGAAUAUAGAACAUAUUAAUCUCCUCGAUGAUAACGAUAUCGUUAACAGAUGGACUCUCACAGAAACCUCGAUAGGUUUAGGAUUAGUACUAGCCCUGUAUCUAUUGGUAGUUCUAAAGAUAUUGCCAAACUAUAUGAAGAACAGAGAACCAUACAGCUUAAAAAGUAUUUUAACCAAAUAUAAUGCUUUUCAAGUCCUGUCUUCGGCCUACAUUGUAUUUCUAUACGCCAGAUACAUAGUUAAACACGGCAUCAUCACUACAAGAUGUCCCCAAGGAGGGGACCUGCAAGGAGUCAUCAAAGAGAUAUAUCCUUACUUCAUCGCGAAGCAUCUGGACCUCCUCGAUACGGUGUUUUUCGUGCUUCGGAAGAAGGACAACCAGGUGACGUUCCUCCACCUGUACCAUCAUACGGCCAUGGUGUCCUGGACGUGGCUGCAUCUGAUGUAUCACCCGACUGACCACUUUGUGGUGGUGGGGCUGCUUAAUAGUCUCGUCCACGUGAUCAUGUACGCGUAUUAUGGGAUUAGUUCCAUGGGCCCAGAAUAUCAAAAAUAUGUUUGGUGGAAGAAACAUCUUACUAAGAUUCAAUUGGUACAAUUCAUUCUCGUAAUUUCUCAUCUGUACUACCAACAAAAGUUAACCCCCUGCCCGCUGCCUGCUUUCUUCCACUACUUCUGUGUCUUUAGCAUAGGAUCUUUCUUCUUUCUAUUUCUUAAAUUCUACUUCAAUAGUUAUACAAACAAGAGAAGGAGAGAAUGAAGAGAUUAAUAUAAAAAAAUACAAAAGGGAAACUGUGAUGUCUUUGAUUGAUUUUUACCUACUUAUCUUUAAAAA